AUGGGAACCAUUACUCAAGGCAUGUUUGCAGGCUCCUUCAUUGGUGUUGUUUACACCGCUGGGUAUUAUGCUAUGACGUACUACCACAAGCAUCGUUUAAAGAUUUUGUCUCAGCAGCAACUGCGACAAGUGCCCAUCCUCACGGUGUCACCGGAGCUGCAACCCAUGUAUAGGGCCUACCUUUAUGAUAACAGGUCGUUAGAGGAGAAGGACCUGCUGCAACGGCAGGCUGUUGUCUUAUCGUUGGGUAAAGAAGAAGUGGGAUUGGACGCAAAAGGAAUAAUUCACAACGUGGUUCCUGAAGUUGUGGAUUGGGUAAACUUCCCCAACUGGUGGCCACUGAAGUUUCCUCCUACCCAGACUGAAGAGGAACGGAUGGUUCUUGAGCGGAAGCGCAACGAAGAGGUGGAGUGGCAGAAGCGUCUCAUUUUGGAUUGGAGUCUGAGGGCGGUGCCUUGUUGA